CUCACUUUCAGUUCCUCACAAUGAGCGAUCUCAAGAUGGAAGACGUAUCGCGGGAAGAUAUUCCUCAUGAGAAACCAUGCGUCGUUCAAUCAGAUUCAGAUGCAACCGCUCAAACCGACUCUCACCCGCGUCUUGUGGAUAGCCGGGCGGAGGGCAGACCGCGGGAGAGGGGAGGGCAUUUACUUCCGAAGAUAUACUACGGCGGGGUUAAUCUCCUUUUAGGAGAAAUCCCGAAAGCAUCUCAUCCUGUUUGGGCUUCCUUGAAGAAGCAACUAAAGAAAACUCCUGAGUCUCAGAUGUCAACCCGUGUCCUGUUCCAGCAACUCGAGGCAGCCUGCUCGACGGAGGAGCUUGACUGGAAGAAAUUCGAUUCUGUCAAGAGAACCUGGAAAGAUGAGCCACAAAUGAUAAACUCGCAUGCAUUCUCAGCCCUUCUAUUCAAGCUUAUGGGUUCUUCUCCUCAAAAGGAGCAACAACUACAUUUCCCUCCUGAAGAUGCUCGAUAUUGCAACGCUCUAUCUCUUGACGGUGAAUUGGCCGACUCGAUAUAUACUUUUCUGGCAUUGUCCAAGCUUGCCCAGUGGAGCAAGGGCCGCAAGGGGACGUCUCAUCUACCUCCCCUUCUACAAAGCAAGUUCCAAGCCUUGGAAACUCGCCUCGUGAGCAAUAGAGGUGCCCCCAAGGUUCGUCAGUUUAUAGAAGAAUGGGGCAAAACUGCCUAUACCAGCAGUGAGUCUGAGGAUGAC